AUGUUCGCUAUCGCUGUGAGUCCAGUUUGGGGCCAAUUUGAUCGGCUAGCCACUCUACCGAUUUGCGCGCAAACAUGCAUCGCCAACUCUUUCGCUAAUUCCAUAUGCGAUUCGCUCGAGGAUUUUCCAUGUCUGUGCAGCAAUCGAACGCAGCAGUUUAUCGCCAUGAACUGCUUUUCCACGUCAUGCACUGCUCGGGAGACUUUGACGACCUUGAACGCCACCAUGGUUAUGUGCGAGGCACCGGUUCGGGACAGAUCCGAGUUGUAUCGCCUGGUUAACACUGUCCUCUUCGCCUUGAGUACUGCGGCCAUCCUGGGGCGAUUUUAUUCCCAUUUCGCUCUUGGGCGCUUGCAACUUCUUGAUGACGGGAAUAUGGCUUUGAUACUGGUGCUGAAUAUAGUGAUGUUCACUCUGACAACCAUGAUGUCAUUCACUGGACUCGGACAAGAUAUGUGGAAAGUCCCAUUUAAGGACAUUAGGUUGACACUGGUAUACUUCUGGAUCUCCUUAGUCUGGUCUAUUGUUAUCUUUACGCUCCUUUACACGAUUGCCUUUGCCUUUUUGGGUAUCUUUAUCUGCUCUCCUGUGAGCUAUUUUUGGUGGCAAUGGGACCUGGGUGGCGAGCACAAAGGCAAGUGUCUGAACAACAACCAUAUUGGGUUUGUCACGGCAUCGUUUAGUAUCUUUACAGACCUUGCUAUGUUAGGCCUGCCUAUACCCCAAGUCUGGGCUUUACAUCUUUCUACGAAGAAGAAAGUUGGAGUCUUAUUCAUGUUUAGUAUUGGCUUCUUGGUGACUCUAGUUUCAAUCAUCCGACUGCACGCUUUAGUCAACUUUGCCAAAUCUUCAAAUAUCACUUACGACUUCCUUGAUACUUCGCUUUGGUCAUUGAUCGAAAUUUACGUCGGCAUAAUUUGUGUAUGCAUGCCAUCGCUCAAGCUCGGUCUCCAAUUCUUCUACCCUAAGAUUCUACGCAGCGUCGUGUCCACCUCGAGAUAUACCAGUUCAGGCCAAACAGGAGGCAAUAUUGCCAUUCAAAAAAGUGUUCAAGUCACUAUAGGUAGCUAUUCGACGAAGCCCAAAACGGAGGAGCAAGGCAGCACUGUUGAAUUAGUGGAAAUAGUGGGAGAUGCAAACAGCACACUAAUGGAUGAAGAGUCACAUGGUGAAAUAAACAGUGUAAAUCAGGGAUAG